AUGAUUUCUUUUUGUAAGCUGAACCACUUUUUGAUUCAUCACGACGUCUGUUUCUUGCAUUACAAAAAGAUCUCCUUAAGUUUUCCCASCGUUGUUUUAUUUUUAGCAACAGGAAAUAGUUUUAGAAGUAUUGGAUUCAACUACAGAUUGGGAUUCAGUACGGUUCGAGAAAUUGUAAAAGAAGUCUGUGAUGAAAUAUGGAAUAGAUUGGAACCAAUCGUAAUGCCACCACCCACAGAAGAAAUGUGGAAAAAUGUUGCAGCAAAAUACAAAAAAAUUUGGCAUUUCCCAAAUUGCAUCGGUGCUAUUGAUGGCAAGCAUAUUAAUAUCCAAUGCCCCAUUAAUGCCGGAUCUACUUAUUAUAACUAUAAAGGUAGUCAUUCAGUUGUACUUUUAGCACUUGUUGAUGCAGACUAUAAAUUUAUUGCAAUUGAUGUCGGCUCAUAUGGACGGAAUAGUGAUGGUGGAAUUUUUUCUCAGUCAGUAAUUGGUCAAAAGUUGAAUAAUAAGACACUCAAUGUUCCAGAGCCAGCCCCUUUAACAGAAAACGGAGAUCCUCAGCCUUAUGUCAUUGUUGGAGACGAAGCAUUUCCAUUAAAGAGUUAUUUGCUUCGCCCAUACAGUAGAAACUAUUUAGGGGAUAAUGAGCCCAAUAAAAUAUUCAACUACCGAUUGUCACGAGCAAGACGCGUUGUCGAGAACGCUUUUGGAAUAUUGGCCGCUMGUUGGAGGUGUUUCCGUGGGCACUUAGAAGUACAACCAGAAUUUGUAGAUAAAAUUGUGCUUGCAUCGUGCUGUCUGCAUAACAUGUUAUGUGCAGACAAUGCGUUUGAACCCGAUAAUGAAUCAUUACAACUUCCAGAAGCAGCUUUAUUGAAUUUAGAUCCUCUAAGAAGAAAUAGCACUCGUGAAGCGUUUCAAGUACGAGAAAAAUUUAGAGAUUAUUUUAAUUCAGAUGCUGGYAGUGUUGUUUGGCAGGUGGAACGUGUUCGAAAAGGAAGAAUUCAUUCUUAA